GGAAGGUAUUCAAAGUAAAAGCUUGCCCCUCACUACAACUUGUCCGAAAGAAGUCCGCUCCGCUCCAACUUCCUUUACCAACCUUAAUAUACUGCUACACGGUACUUCAUACUUGAUUUCUUUCUAAACAUCAUCUACAACGUAACUUUUUGUACACCUUGAGAGCUUGCUUUAUACCUUGAUAGCUUCUUUUUGGUCAAGCGGACGAAUUGUAUUACGAAGAGAAGAGAAGAACGAAAGAAAGAGAGACAAUAGGAAAUAUGCCGGCUGAUACUGUUGGAAAGGUAGGUUUUGUUUUGUUUUCUGUUUGUUUGUUUGGUUGGAUGGAUUGGAUUGGUGGGUGAGGUGAGGUGGGAUGAUGGGAGAGUGGCAGAACUGUUUACGAUUGAUUGAUGUAUACUCGUGGAUUGAAGUCAUGAACUCGUCAAAAUAUAUGCUAACGUGUGCUUUAUCAUAGACUAUUACCUGCAAGGUUAGUUCGAAUAUUAUAUAUUCUACCUAUUAGGCUACACUAUUUCGCUAUAUCAUGGCAGUCGGUGUACUUGGAAGGCUUUUUGAAAUCUGCGGAUGCAGUGGCAACUCUGCGGAUGGUUCCAUAGCGUUGCGGAGAGCAUAACAGAUCUACGAAGCUUCAAACCCCUAGACCCAAAUCCGCAGAUUCCCUAAACAAUCCCCAACCCAUUACAGUCAUUUAAUAUAUCGAACAUCAUCCUCGGAGAUGAAAACAGAACGGGAUAGGCAGAAGAAAAACAAAAGCUGAUGAAAUAUAUAGGCAGCAGUUGCUUGGGACGCAGGUCAAGAACUCAGUAUUGAGGAUAUUGAGGUUGCUCCUCCUAAGGCAAAUGAAGUGAGAAUUGAGAUUUAUUAUACUGGUGUUUGUCAUACUGGUACGUUUUAAUGUUUCUACUUGUGGGUGAGACUUGGGGUGGUGGGGGGGCAAGGUAGGAGAGCGGAGUUGUGAGUCGAAAACGGAUGAUGGGUGUAGUAGGCAGAGGGUCGUACAAAGAUGGUAGAGCAUGAGAGAAUAGAUUCAAGGAUGAAUGCUAACAAAUCAUCAUAAUAGAUGCAUACACACUUUCUGGAAAAGAUCCCGAGGGAGCUUUCCCAAUUGUUCUUGGACAUGAGGGUGCUGGUAUUGUUGAAUCUGUUGGUGAAGGUGUAACAUCUGUUAAACCUGGAGAUUACGUUGUUGCUUUAUAGUAUGUCCUCAGCAUCAAUUUCCUUUACCCCUUGUUAUUUAUUCUUAUCAUCUCAUCACUGUCGCCAUACCUGAUACUCCUUCCAACUCCAUUUACCUCGUACCUCUCUGCAACUAACUAACAACUAAACAGCACCCCAGAAUGUAAAGAAUGUAAAUUCUGCAAAUCUGGUAAAACCAACCUCUGUGGAAAAAUUAGAGCAACUCAAGGAAAGGGUGUUAUGCCAGAUGGUACAUCCAGAUUCAAGUGCAAGGGUAAAGAUCUUCUUCAUUUCAUGGGAACAUCUGCCUUUUCUCAAUAUACUGUCGUUGCCGAUAUUUCCGUUGUAGCUAUUACCCCGGAAGCUCCUAUGGAUCGAACUUGUUUACUUGGUUGUGGUAUCACUACCGGUUAUGGAGCUGCCGUCGAAACUGCCAAAGUCGAAGAAGGAUCUACUGUUGCUAUCUUCGGUGCAGGUUGUGUUGGUCUUAGUGUUAUUCAAGGAGCUGUCCAAAGGAAAGCUUCAAAGAUCAUCGUGGUUGACGUAAAUCCAUCCAAGAAAGAAUGGUCUGAGAAAUUUGGUGCAACAGAUUUCGUUAACCCAACUGAAUUGAAGGGUCAAAGUAUUCAAGAAAAAUUAAUCGAGAUGACCGAUGGUGGUUGUGACUAUACUUUUGAUUGUACUGGAAAUGUUGGUGUUAUGAGAGCUGCUUUGGAAGCUUGUCAUAAAGGUUGGGGUCAAAGUAUUGUUAUUGGUGUUGCUGCUGCUGGGCAGGAGAUUAGUACUAGACGUGAGUUUUUUUCUUCUUUCCACAUUUCUCCUCGAUCAUAGACACGAAUAACUAACAUCAUAUCAAACAGCAUUCCAACUUGUCACAGGUCGUGUUUGGAAAGGUUGUGCAUUCGGUGGUAUUAAAGGUCGUUCUCAAUUACCUCAAUUGGUUGAUGACUACAUGCAAGGAAAAUUAAAGGUUGAUGAGUUUAUCACUCAUAGACAACCUUUGAACGGCAUUAACCAAGCAUUUGAUGAUAUGAAGAAGGGUGAUUGUAUUAGAUGUGUUGUUAAUAUGAGAGAAUGACUGCCUAGGGUUAUUAGGGAAAGGGAAAAGGAAAAGGCGAUGUUGUAGGCAUGACCAGGCUAAGAAUGAAUGGAAAAUGAAGAUGAUUAUAUGAAUAUGGACAUGUAUAUGAAGGAUUCAUUGAGCUUUGGAACUAUGAG